AGGCUUUAUCAGUCAACCGUGGUCACACGCUGAACAAUCUCUUCUCUCCCAAAUGUCAACCACCAUCGCUUUGUUACUUGUUCACCUCCACCUACUCCUGUGCGGCCAUGGCGCCGCCGCCGUCGCAGCAACGGCGACACCGCCGCCUCUCCCGAUUCUGCCCGUCCCUUCCUACGCGCAGCUCCAGUGGCAGCUCUCCGAGAUGGCCCUCUUCAUCCACUUCGGGCCCAACACCUUCACGGACUCCGAGUGGGGCUCCGGUCACGCCGACCCCGCCGUGUUCGCGCCGUCCGCGCUCGACGCCGGCCAAUGGGCGCGCGUCGCGGCGGAGGGAGGGUUCGGCCGCGUGGUGCUCACGGCCAAGCACCACGACGGGUUCUGCCUCUGGCCGUCGGCGCUGACGGACUACUCGGUGGCCGCCUCGCCGUGGCGGGGUGGGGCGGGGGACGUCGUCGGCGAGCUCUCGGCCGCCGCGCGCGCGGAGGGGAUCGGGCUGGGGCUGUACCUGUCGCCGUGGGACCGCCACGAGCCGGUGUACGGCGACACGGUCGCGUACAAUGAGCACUACAUGGGCCAAAUGACGGAAUUGCUCACCAGGUAUGGAGAUGUGGAGGAAGUUUGGCUUGAUGGUGCAAAGGGCGACGACAUGUACAUGGAUUACAUGUUUGAUGCCUGGUUUGCGCUUAUCCAUCAGCUCCAGCGAAGGGUGGUUAUCUUCUCAGAUGCUGGACCAGAUACUAGAUGGGUAGGAGACGAGGCGGGGAUUGCGGGCCGUACUUGCUGGUCUCCUUUCAACAAGACUGUUGUGACAAUUGGACAUAUCAUUCCUGAAUACUCACAAAGUGGGGAUCAAUUUGGUGAAGAAUGGGUUCCUGCAGAAUGUGAUGUUUCCAUCAGGCCAGGAUGGUUCUGGCAUGCCUCAGAGAAACCAAAAAGUGCUGUAACCCUGCUUGACAUAUACUACAAAUCAGUUGGUAGAAAUUGUCUCCUCAUAUUGAAUGUUCCUCCCAAUUCAUCCGGGCUUAUUUCCGACGAAGAUAUGCAAGUCCUUCAGGAAUUCACCGAGAUCCGACAGACAAUUUUCUCUCACAACUUUGCUGCCAACGCGACUGUCACAGCAAGCAGUGUGCGUGGUGGGUUGGAGAACCUGCAGUUUGCACCCUCCAACGCCCUCCGAGAUAGCAUAUACUCCUACUGGGCACCACAGGAAGGGCAGACAAGCUGGGAAAUGCUCUUCGACCUCGGGCGAUCCACUUCCUUCAACUUGCUCCAGCUCCAGGAGCCUAUCCAGAUGGGCCAGCGUGUGAUCGAGUUCCAUGUGGAUGUCCUACUGGGUGGACUGUGGCAAACAAUUCUUGAAGGCACGACAAUUGGGUACAAGAGGCUGCUCCGGUUCCCUGCCGUCGAAGCCCGGUACCUGAAGCUAUGUGUCGACAGUGCACGUGCAGACCCACUGAUUGCAUUCGUCGGCGUUUUCAUGGACCCCUUCUCGGAUGCAUAUGGUUUAGACCAUGAGAAGCCAUCCCAUACUAAUAGCAGUGAAGUCAUAAUGUUAAGGAGAGGCCAUGCUGCUGCCAACAGGAGUACUGCUGCAAUGUGGCGCGAGACCUUCAACUCAUGGCUCGCCAAGGAGCCCUUCGCCUCGCUCAUCCCGCCCCACUGCGAGCACCUCCUCACCUCCGCCUACAACUUCCUCGUCUCCCACGGCCACGUCAACUUCGGCGUCGCCCCCGCCAUCAAGGAGCGCCUCCCCAAGGAGCCCACCAGGCCCAACACUGUCAUCGUUGUCGGCGCUGGCCUUGCUGGGCUCGCCGCGGCACGGCACUUGCUGGCGUCCGGCUUUAAAGUGAUUGUAUUGGAGGGACGCAAGAGGUGCGGUGGCCGCGUGUACACGAAGAAGAUGGAGGGUGGUGGGCACUCAGCUGCUGCUGACCUCGGUGGCAGCGUGCUUACCGGCACAUUUGGGAACCCUCUCGGUGUUGUGGCUAAGCAGCUCGGCUUGCCGAUGCAUAAGAUCAGAGACAAGUGCCCACUGUAUCGGCCGGAUGGGUCGCCAGUUGAUCCGGAGGUGGAUAAGGAAGUGGAGGGAACAUAUAACAAGUUUCUUGAUAAUGCCAGCCACCUGCGGGCAGCCAUGGGGGAUGUGGCGAUGGAUAUCUCUCUUGGGGCGGCGCUCGAGACAUUACGGCAGUCUGAUGGGGGUAUCUCCUCAGAGGAGGAGAUAAACUUGUUCAAUUGGCAUAUAGCAAAUCUGGAGUAUGCCAAUGCAGGAUUAUCUUCAAGGCUUAGCUUUGCAUUCUGGGACCAGGACGAUCCGUAUGACAUGGGUGGGGAUCACUGCUUCUUGCCUGGUGGCAAUGGAAGGCUUGUACAGGCCCUGGCAGAGAAUGUGCCCAUUGUUUACGAGAGGACAGUGCACACUAUACGGUAUGGAGGGGAUGGCGUGCAGGUGGUUGUCAAUGGUGGUCAGGUGUAUGAAGGGGACAUGGCGCUGUGCACUGUGCCACUUGGGGUUCUGAAAAAUGGGGGUAUCAAGUUUGUACCUGAGCUGCCACAAAGGAAGCUUGAUAGUAUCAAGAAACUAGGCUUUGGGUUGUUAAACAAGGUCGCGAUGUUGUUUCCUCAUGUUUUUUGGAGCACCGACCUUGAUACCUUUGGACAUCUGACUGAAAAUCCAAGUCGUCGAGGGGAAUUCUUUCUGUUCUAUAGCUAUGCAACAGUGGCUGGUGGUCCAUUGUUGAUGGCUUUGGUUGCUGGUGAGGCUGCCCACAACUUUGAAACCACGCCUCCAACUGACGCUGUCAGCUCAGUUCUUCAGAUACUAAGAGGUAUCUAUGAACCACAGGGAGUUGAGGUACCAGAUCCUCUACAGAGUGUUUGUACUAGAUGGGGCACAGACUCUUUCAGUCUAGGUUCAUAUUCGCACGUUGCUGUUGGAGCAUCUGGAGACGACUAUGACAUAUUAGCCGAAAGUGUUGGAGACGGCCGGUUGUUUUUUGCUGGAGAAGCCACCACAAGGCGUUACCCUGCAACGAUGCAUGGAGCAUUUAUUACUGGCGUACGAGAAGCUGCUAACAUCAAUAUCCAUGCCACCGCCCGAGCAACAAAGACCAAAGUAGUAAAAAGCCCAUCUACAAAUGCUCAAGCUUGUGCUACCUUGCUAGUAGACCUGUUUAGGCAACCAGACUUGGAAUUUGGGAGCUUCUCUGUCAUUUUUGGCGGAAAAGCCUCGGAUCCCAAAUCUCCAGCCAUUCUGAAGGUGGAACUGGGUGGCCCUCAGAAGAAAAGUGCGACCGAAGGAGGGAAAAAAGAGCAGCACCACUCAAACAAAUCGUUGUUUCAGCAGCUACAGUCACAUUUCAACCAGCAGCAGCAGCUCUAUGUGUAUACAUUACUAUUGCGGCAGCAGGCUAUGGAGCUAAGAGAGGUUAGAGGGGGUGAUGAGAUGAGGCUGCAUUACCUCUGUGAAACACUGGGCGUGAAAUUAGUUGGCAGGAAAGGUCUUGGUCCUGGGGCUGAUGCUGUGAUUGCUUCCAUUAAGGCGGACCGGAACAACAGUAGAACUAAAUCUGGCCCCUCGAAGCUGAGAGUGCGGGUUUCUAAACCCCAACCUUCUGCUAAAUCAUGAUCCCUGACUACUGAUUCUGUUAGGAGCCUGGAUGUACAUAAUUUGAUAGAGUUGGUUGUCUUUGUUGUUCAAUCAUACUUUUGCUUGGAGAUUCAUUUGGAUGGAGCCUCUCAAGAUGUGCUCACAAUCUCA